GGAAAUGGAGCUGGAAUGUAUUUAGAUAAUUAUAUUCUGCCUGUCUUCUCCAACCCUCCUUCAGAAGAAUCUGCUGUAUCUGGGAUCUUGCUUCACUUCCUGCCAAGCUCUUGGGCACUGUUACUGCGUCGCGUCCUGCUAAACAGCUGUGGAAUUCAGUGUCGUGUCGUUCUGCCUGUGUCCGUUGAGGAGUAUCAAGUGGGGCAGCUGUACUCUGUGGCAGAAGCUAGCAAAAAUGAAACUGGUGGAGGUGAAGGAGUAGAAGUUCUUGUGAAUGAACCCUAUGAGAGAGAGGGAGAAUGUGGCCAGUACACACACAAGAUCUACCACUUGCAGAGCAAAGUACCAUCGUUUGUGAGAAUGUUGGCCCCCGAGGGAGCCCUCAAUAUCCACGAGAAGGCGUGGAAUGCGUACCCUUACUGCAGGACUGUUAUUACAAACGAGUACAUGAAAGAUGACUUUCUUAUCAAAAUUGAAACCUGGCACAAACCAGACCUUGGGACACAGGAGAAUGUUCACAAACUGGAGCCGGAUGUAUGGAAGAAUGUAGAAGCAAUUUAUAUAGACAUAGCAGAUCGGAGUCAAGUGCUUCCCAAGGAUUACAAACCAGAAGAAGAUCCAGCAAAAUUUAAAUCUGUCAAGACUGGACGUGGACCUCUAGGCACCAACUGGAAGAAGGAGCUGGGGAAGCAGACAGAAUGUCCCUAUAUGUGUGCUUACAAACUGGUAACAGUGAAAUUCAAAUGGUGGGGUCUGCAAAACAAAGUUGAGAACUUCAUACAGAAGCAAGAGAAGCGUCUUUUUACAAAUUUCCAUCGGCAGCUGUUCUGCUGGCUUGAUAAGUGGGUUGAUCUGACAAUGGAGGACAUUCGCAGAAUGGAAGAGGAAACCAAGAGACAGCUGGAUGAGAUGAGAGAAAAGGAUCCUGUAAAAGGAAUGUCAGCUGCAGAUGACUAACGUGGCUUCCUCCUUGUGCACUUUUGCAAGACAGUCAGCAGGAAGGCCUGGGGAUUUCCACCCUCUUGACUGAUGGACCAUCUCUGGAUCAAGCCUUUCUAUAUCCAAUCGGCAGGCGAUUUUAAAUCUCCCAUAGCUAAUUCUAGAUGCCCUUUAAUAUUGUGAGCAAAUAGACUGUCUGGUACUAAGCACUCCAAUGUUAGCACGUAUGUGAAGGAGGCAGCUCCUUGGAGACGUGCGACUUAGAGAUCGCUGUAUUUACGACUCCUCCCUCCUUUUUUUCAUCGUGUUCAGACCAAUUUCCAUGUGGCCCUGUUUGAGUUCCAAGUGACAUUUUUAGCUGAAAUAGUCUUGUGAUGUGGUGAUUUAGAUCUUUUUUUUUGUUUGUUUUUUAAACUGGGAUAAACUGCCACCUUUUCCUGCCCA